CAUUUAAAUGCUAUAACAAUAAAACGAAUAUUAGUACAAACAGGAAUUUAUUGAUUCAGAAAUUAAACUAAAGGGAACCGACAGACAUCUAGAAUAAACAGCAAAUAGAAUAUAAGUCAGGGAAUCAACAGACAGAUAGAAUAAACAGCAAACAGAAUCGAGUUAGACAAGUGUCGUUUUCAAAAUGGCUGCCGAAGUUAGAUUACCAAGUUUCGUUUUCAAAAAUGGCUGCCGAUGUUAGAUUACGGGUAAAGCACUGAAGAAAAACAUACCGUACUGCAAAUUCACAUACUCAUGAGUGCGUAAUGUCUGAUAUACCUGAAGAAAGGACAUAUUACCUUCGAAUUAUUUUGAUGUGUAUGGACCUCACUAAAGAGACAAUUCUUAAAGUGUUUAGAUAUUUGAUAAAAAGUGAAGAUAUUGCAAACUUUCUAGCAUCAGCGGAUGUAAUAUGCAAACUAAAAGAAUUAUUUAAAAACAAGAUUCUGAACAAGACUGAAUAUAACCUAGUUUGUUCCUACUGUCCAAAUCCAGAAAAGUUUGAUAUUGCACUAUUAAUCAGACUGAUAUUCGGAUUGUUCCAAAAUGCAAUAGCUAGACCUCACCUUGGCUGGACAACAAAGCCUCAUCCUAAAGAUGAAUCUCUUGGUGCUGAUCUCAUUCGAUUGAGAGACGUAAGGAAUAAGCUAAUUGGCCAUAGGGCAGAUGCGAAGCUCUCCAAAGCUGAGUAUGGAAAAAUAAAGGAUAAGGUGCAAGCUAUUUUAGUGAGGGUGAUCGAAAAUAUUGAUCCAAGUUCUAAGGAAGAAGUGGAGAGGAGAAUUGACGAAUACACGAAACUGGUUGUAGAUACAGAGAAUACAAGAGUAAAACUUUACUUGGAUCAACUUCUUGAAUAUCAAAAUGAAGUUCGAAAAAUACAGGAGGAGGUUGAAGAACUGAUCAAGAGAUCGCAAGAAUUUCAAGAGUACUUUGAUCAAACACCAGACCUAUAUGUACGCUAUAUAAAACUUCUAUUCGAUGGUGGACGCCUUGUUUUGUGUGGGAUACUCGAGAGGGAAUUAGACAAGCAUGAUGACUGUCUUGUUACCCUGCUUUUCAACAACCGUGAAGUACUACUUGCAAAUGUUGAUACACAAUACAAAAGUUGCAUCUUCCCAACAGAGCCUAGCAAUGUAGAUUAUACAAGUUGGGAUGUUGGACUCAUUGCAUCGGUGAUUUUGCUCGUAUUUACAGAUAUGAAUAAAGGUGACAUCAGCAAUAUUGAAAUAAUAAAAACAGCAAGACUCUAUUAUGCUGAUCACGCUUUAAGCUCUUUAGACCCAAGUGACUUUAUGUCAGUUUGGACAGAUCUAAUAAGUAGUUUAAAACAUCUUUCAAUGAACAUUUCCGAAGAGAGAAAUCUUGAAGUUGGGAUUCUCAUCAAUCGCUACAAGAAAAAAUCCGAAGGUGGUGAUGCUGAUGAGUAUUUAGAUCAACUCAGGAGAUCUGGCGUGCCCGUGAAGACCCUGAAAGACAAACACAAAGAAACCGUUAAUAGACUGAGGCAGUUACUGACACAGCAAAGCGACAGAGGGAUAAAGUUCAUGAAAGAACACGUUUUAGAACUAAAGAUAUUGACAACCUGUCAAAACGAUGAAACGAAAAAGAAUGCGGAAGACUCCCUUGAAAGAAAUCUCCAAGCCUCAUUUCAUGAGUCAGAUCUUCCAACCAAUCCAAUAAGGACAGAAACCGACAAGCUUGUUGCUAGUAUUAACACACAUCCAGAUGUGAAACCAGCUGGAGUUAAACGAAGCUGCAUACUGUUGUCAUUCAAAAGUUCUUCGCCUUCUGGAUUGAUACACAUUUUAGACUACUGUGCUAGUCAUCACUUCAAAGCGAGACUUCAUAAUAUUUCAGACGAGUUGCAUUAUUUAUUUGAAGAUACUUUUCUUUUGCAAGGACAUGUCACACUUGAAAGUCUUUCCAGACUUACACAAAAUGUCGAUAACACUGAAGAUGAAUCUUACAAAGGACUAAGUAUCCCACUGAAAUGCUCGUCUGUUGAUGGAAUGAGAUAUGUACUAGACACACUGAAAAACGAAAAUACUACAAAUAGGCUAAAUAUCAUUGCCGGAAAGAUAUCAGAGGAGCUAAAGGAAACUGUAUCGAUAUAUAUGACCCCUGAUUUGUUGGAUUUUAGAGAUGUAUUUGACAAAACAGAUUCAAAGGGAUCGGGCUCUGGUGGUACUGAUGGAGACAAGGCGGAGGAUAUACAUUCAAGUGAAAAGGAAUGGGAGAAUCAGAAACUUGAUGCAAACAUGAAAGCGUUGGAACAUUCACCGACUAUUUGUACACAUGAAACAGAAAAAAGUACAUGUGAGCAAGACGAAGAUUCGACCUUUCUACCAGAUUCAGAGGGAUCAGACUCUGGUGGUAUUGGUGCAGAUGAAAAGGACAGGGCCGGGGACAGGGCCGGGGACAGGUACUCAUCUGAAAAAGAACGGGAGAAUCAGAAACUUGAUGCGAAAAGAAAAGCAGCGGAACAUCCAACGGCUAUUUGUACAGAUGAAACAGAAAAAAGUACAUGUGAGCGAGAGGAAGAUUCGACCUUACUACCAGAGGGAUCAGGCUCUGGUUGUAUUUAUGCUGACGAAGCGGAGGACAGACAUUCAACUGAAAAAACAUCGGGGAAUCAGAAACUUGAUGCAAAUAGAAAAUCUGCGGAACAUUCACCGACUAGAUUAAAGGAAAGUACAUCCGACCAUGAGGUAGAUUCGACUUUUCAUCUGGGCAGAAGAAUAUGCAGCGGAAUGCAAACAUUCAUUAACAUAAUUACUGGAACAGGCAGAAGUAUACACAGCUUAACGCUGUCAUUCAUUAGCAGCUGUUUUGGAACAGAGACAGAUUUGGCAGAUUUUGAGGGAUCAGGCUCUGACGAUUAUGUUGUAUAUACAACAGGCAAACAGGAGGACAGAGAUACAUCUGAAAACGAACGGGAGAAUCAGAAACUGAAAACAUAUAGAAGAGCAUCUGAAUAUUCACUGAUUCUUUGGACAGAUGAAACAGAAGGCAGUACACGUUUACAAGCGGAAGAUUCGACCUUACUUCCAGUUUUUACAGAGUACGACCUUAUUCCAUCUGGAUUGGACUAUUUGAAAAAUUACAGAGAGGGAAUACCGGACGCGAUUACUCCGCUGAAAAGAAGGAGAGAAUUGAAAAGGACUGCUGUACAAUACUUUAAGGAAGGUUUACAAGAAUUUGUGCAUGAAAUUUCUAAACAAGAAUUUACCGCAAUGCUUUCAACGAUUCAGAAGAAAUAUUGCACUAGAUGUUCCAUGCGCACAUUGUUACCUACACACACUAGCGUUUCUGGAAUGUGUCCAUUAGGCCAAAAGAACUGCAACUGUAUCAAUAUUUUAGAGGAAAAGCCAUGCCCUUCGCAUUUCUGCGACGCCAUGUAUGAUGAAAUUAUCAAACGGCAUCGUUAUUCAUCGCCAUCUUGGGGUAACACAAACGUAGAUAAAUGGUUUCAGGACUACUGGGAGAUAGCAAAAUGUUUCAUCGGAUACAGUGAUACCUACAUGGGAUACAGAGAUACAUCUGCAGAGACAAGCACUGAAGGUCUCUUAGAUGUAAUUAUCAACAACGUGGAGUUUCAGCAUUCGAUAUGCUGUGAAAUAAACCCUCCGUUUGACAUAUUUUCAAAGACAAGAGCAUUCAUAUCAAGCGUAGACGAUACUGACAUAUACAAACUGAGAACGAACAUAGAAUAUAUGAUAGCCAUUCUGACAGAUUGGAAAUAUAUUUAUCGCAAACCAGCUGCACAGAAAGCUGUGCGGAACCUUCUUAAGCUCAGAAAUUGUGUGUAUGGUGAACAGUCGAAUUUGUUUGAAGACUUAGACUUGGCAUAUCCAAGUGAGCACAAGCGCAUACACUGUUCAGCUAUUGAGACCUUUGACGUUAAAGCUCAUUAUACAAAUACUACACAAACUGCAACCGGACUCGGUGAAAAGCACGAAGAAGAAGAAACAGUGUUGCCAAAAGGCAUACAUGCUGAAGCUUUGAAAUAUCCAUCAUCUGGUUUUCAUAGUCUACGUACUGAACAUUUAGACAUUCCACAAGACACUGAAUCUUUGGAAACAAAGUUAAAUGAGUUAUUUUUGGAAGCAUCAGAUUCAUGCGAAAAGAUGGAAGUUGACAGUUCCGAAAUAUCUGAAAAGGAUCUAUUUUGUCUUCAGGCCAAAAUUGAAUAUCUGUUACAAGAACAGAUGUUUCAAGGAGAGUUCCAAAGACUUGAACAUCUGCGAAAGAGGUAUGAUGCUAUCAAGGACAGUUUUCUUCGAGAACUCCUCAUGAAAGAUUGGCAAUACAUGACAAAGAAACAAGAUUUAAGAAACUACCUUAUCUGCCAGUACAGAAGAAAAGGAAUUAACAGAUACCAUAGAUACCAUCGGAAAUACCUCGGCUUAUUUGGAAUUGACUUGGAGUCUCAGGAAGGAACAUUGAUUGAUUCCUACAGAGAUGUUUUCUAUCGAAAUAACGGAAAAUGCAAGAAUGUCUAUCUCAAGUAUAGAGAAAGGCUUUCUAAAAGCUUUUGUGAGCGUCUUGUUGACGACUGGUGUGACGCUUAUUCAGGAAAACUUACUUUACGUUCGUUCCUGGCACACGACGAAUAUGAUUCAGAUGAUUUAUAUGAUUCAGAUGAUUUAGAUGAUUUCGAUGAUUUCGUGGAAGCUCUUAAAGAGUUUGAAUUUGUUUUCAUGAUAUCACUUAGUGGCACUGAAGCAGAAGUCCAUUUUCAUGAAAUGAUUACAAAACAGCUUCAUCUAGAGGGUGAAUAUUUCUCAGUAUUCGAGCAGGUUCUGUUUCGAGAGUCUGAAAAAUGUCUCAUUAUCCUACAGCAAUCAAAUGACGAAAUUAGAGAAGAAAAAGGUCCGCGUACAGCGAGCAUUAGCAACAAACUAUUGCCUCUACGCCGCCCUAUGCAUGACUACGUAGUUUUAACAACAAUACGGAGUGAGAAGAAUUUAGAACUAGGGAACUCUGAUAGACUAUUAUGUGCCUGGUAAAGCGAGUAAUUUGACACACGUUUUUAUGGUGUUCACGUAAUAUCAGUUUUUGAUAUUAAAGCACAUAGCGGCCUAUUUUUGAGAUAAUAAACACCUUCUGUUAAAUGAGGAACAAUUGACAGUAUACAAGAAGAUUCUAUUUCUAUAUGUUUCGUUAUCCAUUGGUUUAACGAUUAGAGAGUGAAGUACGACAACCUGACGACACAAGCAGGUGCCUUUAAACGUUGCAUAAGUAAUGAUAUAGUUCUCACUACAGUACGUACCGGUGAAAUAAAAAUUGUAAAACGUUGAAAUUCCAUUAACUAUUACAUUCUGUUGCUGUAUUUGAGUGAAUGUGUCCUUUUACAGCGACUUUCACUGACUAAAAAUAGGACGUUAUUGUUUAAAAGCAGUCUGUUGCAGCAUAUUUUCCCUCAUUCAAAUGUAGUUGGGGGAGAUAUUGUUUAGCCAUGUCCGUCCGUCCGUCACACAUUUCUGAUCAAUAAUUGGAGAAUGGUUUGACCUUCAAACUUCCAAGAUUUAUAUGGCUAAUUGAAAACGUCAAGGUCAUAGGAGCUGUUAA